AAUAAUGAGACAAAACAAGACAACAGACCUAACUAGUUAUGCAUUUAAAUAAAUAUGCUAGAAAUAGUCCGUUGAUUAUGAUGUACGGGACUUAGCAUGACUGCACAUUUGACUCAGACAGGCUACAGCAACACUGUUACUUUCGUUUUAAGGGGGCAGUGAUGCGUUUUAGCCCAUUUGCCUCGAAAGAGUGCCCAGCACAGAAGAAAACAUAAUGCAAAACAAAACAAAAAACUAACAUGGGGUCGGACGGAGGACUCUUUAAAUGGAGUGAUGCAAACACGGCAGAUUUGAUUCUAUGGAGAAUCAGCAACAGCGGUCUGUUUACAGGAAGGAGAAAUGCAGCCAUCAAAGCUUUCGAGCUGUAUGUGAGAGAGAAAGAGCUGGAAGGGAAAGUGACACCUCCAUGGGUUAGAAAAAAGUGGGAGAAUCUUAAACAGAAGUACAAGGACCUCAAAAGUCUGAACAUGGUUGGGGGAGACAGGAAUAACUACCUGGAAGUGGAUGCCCCGCCCACCAAGCAGAGCAAAGCAAAUGAUUGGCCGAUGGCCCUGCGUGAGAUGCACAGGCUGCACGAGGAACGGGAGAGGCGAGCAGCGGAGAGAGAGGACGAGAGAGACAAACGGGCCGCAGCCAGAGAGGACGAGAGAGACCGCCGCGCCGCAGAGAGAGAGGCGGAAAGAGACCGAAGGGCUGCGGAGAGGGAAGCAGAGCGAGAGAGACAAGCGCUGGAGAGGGAGGAGAGGAGGGAGAGAGAUAUGUUUGCGAGAGAGGAGCGCUGGGAGAAAGAAAUGCUGGCUAGAGAAGAGAGACAAGAAAAGGAGUAUCGAGAAGGAGAGGAAAGGAGAGAAAAACAAGCUGCUGCUAGAGAAGAAAAACUCUUUAAGAUCCUCGAAACAUUUUUGUCUAAUAAAUAAAACAGUUACUAUCAUUAACAUAUUUCAAGAAUUGCUUAUUUUGUACUAAUAAACUAUUGGAGUUCGUAUUUGUCA